GAUUCUUCCAGCGGUGAGAAGCUGAAGUAACGAGCAGCACUUGAACGCAGCAGCAGCCUCACACGGAUACACACGCCACCAGCAGCGUCUGUUAGGCUGGACCCAAGUGUUCCUCCUCGGCUCUGUGGACCUGCUGAGGCCGGUAUAACGCAGCCAGCCAGCCGCCAUGGGGGCGAUGAAGCCCCGGGGACAACCGGCUCGUGGUCAGUGAACCUACCGGGGGAUGUAACGGCUGCCCGGGAGCCGUGUGGUCUUCACGAGGCAGACAAAGUCGGCGUGACUACAAAAGGACCCGCCGAGCAGAGGGGACCAUGGUGGGGAGACCAGCAGGACCAGGACCAGGAGAAGAAGAAGCGGGGUUUUCACAGACUGGAGCUUUCUGAAACCAGGUUUAACUUUGAAUCCAGGAUUAUGUAAAGACCAUGUCGGAUCCAAGUCACUGGUCUGCGAUGAACCCGAACCAGAACAGGUCUCACUUUGUUCCGGGCGCGCUGCUGAAGCGCUCUAAAAGCUGUCGCAGCAGCAACAGGAAGAGUCUCGGCGUCGGGACGCCAUCGCCCACGCUGUCCCGGCCGCUCUCGCCACUCUCACUGCACACCGCAGCGAGCAGCCCUCUGGACAGCCCUCGAAAUGUGUCCACCAGUGCCUGCCUCAACUUUCCAUUCGCCAGAAGAGCUGAGGGCAGGAGAUGGUCCCUGGCAUCCCUCCCCUCCUCUGGCUAUGGAACCAACCCGCCGAGCUCCACUGUCUCGUCGUCCUCAUCCUCACAGGAGCGUCUUCACCAGCUUCCCUACCAGCCGACACAAGACGAGCUGCACUUUCUCUUCAAACACUUCCGCAGCUCGGACAGCAUGGCCGACGAAGACGGGCGGCCAGCGACGGUCAUACGACCUCGGUCCAGGAGCCUCAGCCCCGGGCGUUCCAGUGUCUCCUUUGAUAAUGAAAUUGUCAUGAUGAACCAUGUUUACAAAGAACGUUUCCCAAAGGCCACAGCCCAGAUGGAGGAGCGCUUGUUGGAGAUAAUCACUCUCUGCUCUCCAGACAGCUCCCUCCCGCUGGCUGACGGGCUGCUGGGCUUCAUCCAGCACCAGUUGGUGGAGCUGGUCAGAGACUGCCUGGACAAGUCCCAGACGGGCUUGGUGACUUCACGCUACUUUGCCGAGCUGCAGGAGAAGCUGGAGAAGCUGCUUCACGAGGCGUAUGAGCGCUCUGAAAGCGAGGAGGUAGCCGUCAUCAUUAAGCUGGUGAGGAAGAUCCUGAUGGUAAUCUCUCGGCCGGCUCGCCUCCUGGAGUGUCUGGAGUUUGAUCCAGAAGAGUUCUACCACUUACUGGAGGCAGCGGAGGGUCAUGCCAAAGUCGGACGGGGGAUCAAGACGGACAUCCCGCGGUACAUCAUCAGUCAGCUGGGUCUGACGCGGGACCCCCUGGAAGACAUGGUGCAGCUCGAUCAGUACGACAUCAGUCCUUCACUGUCUGUGGAAGCCGACGGUAACGUGGAGAAUAAAGCCCCGCAGACGCUGACGCCAACGAGAAGGAAACCUUUUGAGAGUGACUUUGACACCAUCAAGCUCAUCAGUAAUGGAGCUUACGGGGCCGUGUAUCUGGUGCGACACAAAGACACCCGUCAGAGAUUUGCCAUGAAAAAGAUCAACCGGCAGAACCUGGUCCUGAGGAACCAGAUCCAGCAGGUCUUUGUGGAGCGAGACAUCCUGACGUUUGCAGAGAACCCCUUUGUCGUCUCCAUGUUCUGCUCCUUCGAGACGAGACGCCACCUCUGCAUGGUCAUGGAGUACGUGGAAGGUGGAGAUUGUGCCAACCUGCUGAAGAACAUGGGCCCGCUGCCUGUAGAGAUGACACGGUUGUACUUUGCUGAAACAGUCCUGGCCCUGGAGUACCUUCACAACUACGGCAUCGUGCACCGGGAUCUCAAACCUGACAAUUUGUUGAUCACAUCCAUGGGUCACAUCAAGCUGACAGACUUCGGCCUCUCUAAGAUCGGCCUCAUGAACAUGACCACCAACCUUUACGAGGGUCACAUGGAGAAAGACACGAGAGAGUUCAUCGACAAACAGGUCUGUGGCACCCCGGAGUACAUCGCCCCCGAGGUGAUCCUCAGGCAGGGCUACGGGAAGCCGGUGGACUGGUGGGCGAUGGGGAUCAUCCUGUAUGAGUUCCUGGUCGGCUGCGUUCCGUUCUUUGGAGACACACCUGAGGAGCUUUUCGGACAAGUCGUCAGCGAUGACAUUAUCUGGCCUGAAGGAGAAGAUGCUUUACCUGUUGAUGCUCAGGACAUGAUCACACGGCUGCUCAGACAGAGCGCUUUAGACCGACUCGGGACUGGUGGAGCCUCAGAAGUCAAACAGCAUCCCUUCUUCUCCGGUUUGGACUGGAACGGACUCCUGAGGCAGAAAGCUGAAUUCAUUCCUCAGCUGGAGGCUGAAGACGACACCAGCUACUUUGACACUCGUUCUGAGCGUUAUCAUCACUUAGCGUCUGAUGAGGAUGAGGAAACGAAUGAUGAAGAGUCCUCCUUGGAAAUCAGACAGUUUGCUUCCUGGUCGCAUCGCUUCAGUAAGGUUUACAGCAGCACUGAACACCUAGCCACUCCAUCCAACCUGAGCUUCUCCUCUGACCGCAGCCACAGCGAGGAGAAGGAGGACCGUUUGGACGUGGGAGGAGCCAGUCCCUCCCCGAGCCUAGCAGAGGGCAGCGUGGAGCACAGACACGCUGGGCGCAUGGCUAGCCUUCGCCCCCGGGCCUCCUCCAGCUCCUCCCAGUCUGAGAGGAGCACCAGUCCUCUGGUGAUGAGCAGCACCCACAGCCUGGAGACGAUGCCCCGCUUUGCCCUUUCCACAGACGAUGAAGCUGAGGUGGUCGUGUCAAACCUGCGGAGGAUCAGGAUUCGCAGUAACAGCACCGGGGCCAAACACUCGUCCCCCAAAGAACCGGCCUGUCCUCGACGCUUCGGGAACCAGCUGGAGACGCCGGACAGGCAGAGGCUUCCCUGCGGAGGGAAGGUUCCCAAAUCAGCAUCAGUCUCAGCUCUCUCUCUCAUCAUCACUACAGAUGAUUCUCCGAGCUGCCUUCAGCCCAGCCCCAUCUCCCCUCGCUCUCUCUCUUCCAACCCUUCCUCCCGUGACUCCUCCCCCAGCCGGGACCUGUCGCUCAGCCCGGGCAGCCUGAGGCCUCCCAUCGUCAUCCACACCACGGGGAAGAGGUACGGCUUCACCCUGCAGGCCAUCCGGGUCUACAUGGGGGACAGCGACGUCUACACGGUGCACCACAUGGUGUCGAGUGUGGAGGAGGGCAGCCCGGCCCACCAGGCAGGUCUCCGCACUGGAGACCUCAUCACCCACGUGAAUGGAGAGUCUGUCCAAGGCCUGGUCCACCCUGAGGUGUUAGAACUUCUGCUGAAGAGCGGCAACAAGGUGGCGCUGCAGACGAUCGCACUUGAGAACACGUCGAUCAAAGUUGGUCCGGCUCGAAAGACCAAACACAAAGGGAAGAUGGCGAGACGCAGCAAGAAGAGCAAGAGGAGAGAUAAUUAUGACAGGCGACGCAGCAUCCUGAAGAAGCUCUCCAAGCAGAGCACGGUGAUCCACAGCAGCCGCAGCUUCUCCUCCGGUCUCCACCACUCAGUGUCCUCCAGUGAGAGUCUCCCAGGCUCCCCGACACACAGCCUCUCCCCGGGCCCCUCCACGCCCUGCCGCAGCCCGGCGCCUGACCACCAGACCUUUGAAAAUAACUCUCCUCAGAGCACGUCUCCUUGCUCCAGCUCUCCCAGCUCCCCGGCGGCACACAUCCGGCCCAGCUCUCUGCACGGCCUGGGCUCCAAACUCAGCACCCAGCGCUACACCAAGGUGGGCCGACGGAAGUCCACCAGUAACAUCCCCCCAUCCCCGCUGGCCUGCACCUCCUCCUCAUCCUCCACCCAGCCUCUCUCUCCACAGCGCUCUCCCUCUCCGCUCUCAGGCUUCGCCAAAAGUCUCCACACCUACCACGGCAAAACCCUGUCCCCCCCGACCAUCGUGAGACACAUCGUCCGGCCCCGCAGCGCCGAGCCGCCCCGGUCUCCUCUGCUGAAGAGGGUGCAGUCGGCUGAGAAGCUCUCCGGCGUGUACCACUCUGAUAAGAAGUCGUACACGCCUCGCAGGCACACGCUGGAGGUGCCGUUUUAUGGCGAGGCGGACCUGCUGAUGGACUCGGAGGCGGAGGGGGGUUCCUACAUCGGGGCGGAUCACGGCCGGCUGGGAGGAUACAUCAGCAACCAGAGAAUGGAACGGUCCGAGCAGCUCGUCGUGAUGAGGAAGCUCAACCUGUCGGAGCGACGGGACUCCUUUAAGAAGCAGGAGGCGGUGCAGGAGGUGAGCUUCGACGAGCCGGAGGAGAAAAGCGGCACCACGGUCACCGUGACGACCACAACUCCGGGAGCUCAGACGCAACAUCAGAAGGAGCAUCAGCAGCGGAAGGAGCACAGGAUGGCCUGGAUCCUCACCCGACCGCAGACCAGCGAGGACGUGGAGCCGGAGGUGCCGGUGGUGAGGAGGUUCACGCUGGUGCCUCAGAUCGCCGUUCAGGGCUCGACGGAGAGCGAGGAGCAGGACGAGUGGGAGCCGUGUUCGGAUGGAGAGGAGGGCGGCGAGAAACCGGAGCUGGAGGCGAGCGUCACUUCAGCUCAGCCUCAACAGGCUGGAUGUCCUCCUGCUGAGAGGAGCCAGGCAGAAAAGACCUCAUCCUCAUCCUCAUCCUCCUCCUCCUCUCUUGGGGUCGGAGCGCCAUCAGAGCGCAGAGAGGAGACUGAACUAAAAGGGCAUCAGAGGAAGUGACCCCUCGUUUCUACUGCUCAUAUCUUUACUUUCAAGUCUUCUAAACUCCUCUUCAGACGCCGAGAGAGAGCGGACGAAGAUCUUACUUGAAUUUUGUAAGUGUAAAUAUUCGCCCCGAGGCAUCUCAGACGUUCUUGUCUUAUUUAUUACAUUUGUAAACUACGGCGAGUAAAUAAAGGGAAGGAGGGACGUUCUCGUUGGGUGUACAGCCGACCGCUCCACAUUUUGUACUCACAAUGUAAAAAUGUGUUUUUACGUCUUUUGACUGGAUUGCUGGAUUUUUUUUAUAAAUGUCUAUUUUUUAAAUGAACUGCUGCAGGAUGGAGUCGUUCGAUGAAGCCGGGCGUAAACGUUGAAGGACCAAAAAGGUACAAGAAGUGGUUUCAGGAGCUGACGCUGCGUUCUUUCUUCCUUCCUGUCACGCUCAGUGCAGCUUCCAGAGACAUGAUAACAUGUUAUUAAGAUUUCCUUUCACGCUGAGAAAGACGGGAGAGUUCACACUGUGAGAAACACCAUGUAUGCAUCGACAUCAGCUCCCAAUCCUACAUGCCAACUAAGGCUGGUUUAUACCUCUGCGUCUCCCCUACACACAGGAGCUGACACAGACAUGAGCACGUUUAGAAAAUAGAGAGACAGACUCUCUGCCUCCUCUUCUUUGUGUCGAGCUGUAUGCUGCUCACAGUGUUCAAGACUACUCUGAUGUUAGUCUCAUGCAAAAAUCUCACAGCAGACUUAAAGAUGCACAAGGAAAGCGUGGUUAUAAAAAGGAUACGUUUGACUGAACAUAAUCCAGUGAAUCCAGGUCUAACUGCAGAACAAAACAAACAAAAAAAGAUGUUUCAAGUGGCAAAAAAAGGAAGACAGACUGAGCAUUUGUGUCUCCCUAAGAACACAGAGGAGAAAAGAAGCCCUCCUGAAGUGGGAGAAUAACUAACACUUACUUUCUUUACUCCCAACUUUGACCGUCUUUUAUGUCACAGCAUCGUUUUUUCUUGUUCCCGGCCCCGCUACGAUCUCUGUUUCCUUUUCCACAGAGUUUCAGAGCGUGUUCUGUUAAUCCACAGCUGAUACAUGUUGCUGUUUAUCAUACAGACAUGAUUACAUGAAGAAUAGAGAGGAGGAGAUGAAAUAUACAGAGAUCCCAGAAGUGCUGUAAAUGCAGAAAACACAACGCCGCCAAGCCGACCAAUCACAGGGCUUGCGGUCCACGUUGAUUCUAUGCAUAGUUACAUUUUGGAGGAGGUGCACGUCAGCUACACCACUGAUUUCACACAGAAGUAUAAAUCUGCCUUAAGGCUGCAAUGCAUGCUGGGAAACCAUGCUUUAGUUUGAAUAUGGCGUAAAGUAGUGACGCUUUGCAUCCGUAAAAUGUACCAUCUUCCACAUGUCAGUGGAACAAGGUCAUGAAGCAGCCGUCAGAGUAACAAGGGAUGAAAUAAAGGUUCCUCUAUGGACUCGUGGGUCGUGUUUCUUGCAGUGUGAACUCACAAGUCUUUAAAAUCCGAUCUGUUCAGACGACCUGAUGCAGCUGACUCUAAGGUGUUCAUUACGUGUCGUGCUGUCACUGCAGAGAGCUCUGAGCUUCAUCUUCAAAGACUGGAACAUGAGUUUGAAUCCGAGUCCUGCAGGAUGCAGAACGUUUCUCAGAACACAGAAGCAUCUCAAACAUUAUCUCCUCAGACUCUGACUCGUUCUGCUCCUGCUGGGAUGAUUUAAAACUCAAAGCGUGACGUUUACAGGAGAACACAGAGCAGCUGAAUCAAAGCCUCCGUCUCCUUCUUCUUCUUGUUUUGGUCCUUCCUCUCUCUGGAAACAUUUUGUACCUGCUUUGUUUGAAUCUUGUAAAUCUCUGGAGUAUUUUUUCCUCAAACUGUAGCGUUUGUUGUUUUUGUUUUUUUUCCAUGAGCAUGCCGGAGAUGCCAUGCGUAGAAUACCUACUCCUUCUUUAUUUACCGUGUAGUGAUGUUUACAUCGAGGGGAGAAGUGCACUAAUGUAUUUUGACAUGAGUUUUUGUAGGUGACUGUUGAACGUGGAGUGAAAACGGAGGAGGGGAACCCCUGCAUUCAAUCCAAACCCAGGGCUUCUUUGAACAAACAUUUGGUGUCUUUGUUUUGUACAGAUAUCGAUGUAUAUUUUGAUAACAAGUUGUGUGUUUGAGAGAGAGAGAGAGGAUAAUGCACGAUGACAGCUGAAGCACGGGAGGUCACACUGGAAGCUUUUCACCUUUUUACAGCGCAGAGUUUUCAGCUUUAUCGUCUGAUCUGUCGGGUUUUGUAAACGUUUUCUCUGAAGUCUAAUGUUCAAAGAUCAAAUUAAAGUCCUCCUUACAAAGCUCUUCAUGUUGAUGUCUUUAUGAGACUCUUUCUGUAAAUGAACGGGACACAUGUUCUGACACCGAGGAGCUAUUUUCAACAGAUUGUUUACAUGUACUGUACAGACUUUUCUAUCCUGUGGAUGUAAAUGUUGAAACUGUUCUUUGAUACUGCUGAAGAAAACAAUCCUCAGAGAUUACAUAUUCCUUUGAAACCCUUCAUAAAGAGUCAUGGAGCACUGAGCUGAGAAGCUUCUGGUGUUUUACGUGCACUUCAUUCACUGGAUCUUUGAAAACGCAGCUUUUAAAGAUGUUGAUCAAGCAAACAGAGAUUUUGGGUGCGUAAAGAGUCGUUAAGAUGUCAUCAUGGGAGGUAACGCUGCAGAGGAAGGGUUGAAUAACAAAACAGAAGAAAAUCAAACAAGUUUCACAGAGUUUGAAGAAUCCAGUUAACCUGUAAACUGCAUUCUAGUGAAAGAAGAGAAACUAUGCCCGUCUAGUUACUGACUGAUUCAGCUGAAUCCUCUUUUUGUACCCUGGUUUCUUAUUUGAGUGUAAACGAGUCUUGUUUGAACGUUUCCUCGGUUUAAGAGUCUGAUGUUCCUCCUGUAACGAUGACUGUUGUAACGUAGAAACCCUCCUCAGCAAAGAUUCUGGGCUUGUGUUUAAACUUGAAGAACAGACGGGCAGGUGAAGCUGUUGUACAUGUGCACGUGUUUUCCCGUGGACUCCUCUGUUCGGUGCAUGCUGCAUGAAGACGAGCACACAGCUGUAAUACUUGACUGCAUGGUAUACCGGCGAGCGUUCGCCCUGUACUGUGUUUUCUUGUGCAACAAAUAAAAUUUGUAUUUCUCUUUGACUCA